GGUUACGUAACCCGCCGCCUGUCUUCACGCUGAACCCCGCCGGGUACCAGCAGCGCUGUAAUCCCACAAUGCAGAGCGCAUGGCGCGUCAUUGGAGAGGGACAACGAUGGCGGCGGUCGGUGCACCAGAAGUGAUCACACAGCUGGAAAGCGCUGCCAAAGUUUUAAUGGCACCACCGUCCAUGGUCAGCACAGAGCAGAGGCAGCAUGCUGAACAUGUAUUCCUCUCCUUCAGGAAGUCCAAAUCCCCUUUUGCCAUCUGCAAGCACAUCCUUGAGACCAGUAAGGUGGACUAUGUGCUAUUCCAAGCGGCCACAGCCAUCAUGGAGGCUGUGGUGCGGGAGUGGAUCCUGCUGGAGAAGACCAGCAUCGAAUCACUCCGGGCAUUCCUUCUCACCUACGUCUUACAGAGACCCAAUCUGCAGAAGUAUGUGCGUGAGCAGAUCCUGCUGGCCGUGGCAGUCAUUGUGAAGAGAGGCUCUCUGGAUAAAAGUAUCAGCUGUAAAAGCAUCUUUCAUGAGGUCGGGCAGCUCAUCAGCAGCGGGAACCCCACAGUGCAAACGCUGGCCUGCUCCAUCCUGACCGCUCUGCUCAGCGAGUUCUCCAGCUCCAGUAAGACCAGCAGCAUCGGCCUCAGCAUGGAGUUUCACGGCAACUGCAAGCGCCUGUUCCAGGAGGAAGGCCUGCGUCAGAUCUUCAUGUUGACCAUGGAGGUGCUGCAGGAGUUCAGCCGCAGAGAAAACCUCAACGCGCAAAUGUCCUGUGUCUUCCAGCGCUACUUGGCUUUGGCCAACCAGGUCCUUAGCUGGAACUUCUUGCCUCCCAAUUUGGGGCGACACUACAUUGCCAUGUUCGAGGCCACGCAGAACGUCACGCUCAAACCUACGGAGUCCUGGAGGGAAGCGCUGCUGGACACCCGCGUCAUGGACCUCUUCUUCACUGUACACAGGAAGAUUCGCGAGGACUCUGACAUGGCCCAGGACUCCCUUCAGUGCCUGGCCCAGCUAGCCUCCAUGCACGGCCCUGUCUUCCCCGAUGAGAGCGCCCAGGUGUCUUACCUGGCCCACAUGGUGGAGGGCCUGCUCAGCAUGAUUAAUGGGAUUGAAAUAGAAGACUCUGAGGCGGUGGGCAUCGCCAACAUCAUCUCUAAUCUGAUCACGAUGUUCCCACGGAGCAUUUUAACGGCGCUGCCUAGCGAGCUUUUUACCUCCUUCAUCAACUGCCUCACGCUGCUCACCUGCUCGUUUGGACGCAGCGCCGCCCUGGAGGAGGUGCUGGAUAAGGAUGACAUGGUUUACAUGGAGGCCUAUGACAAGCUGCUGGAGUCGUGGUUAACGCUCGUACAGGACGAAGAGCACUUUCCUCGCGGCUGCUUCGUCCAGCCAGCGAUCCAGGUCUUCAACUCGUACAUCCAGUGUCACCUUGCUGCUCCUGAUGGCACCCGUAACCUGUCAGUAAACGGCAUAUCGUCUCAUGAUGAGGAGGAAAUCAAUGAGCUGCAGGAAGAUGACAGAGAACUGUUCUCAGACCAGCUGUCGAGUAUUGGCAUGAUGGGUCGUGUGGCUGCAGACCACUGCAUCCCCCUGCUCACAAGCCUGCUGGAGGAUCGGGUGAACAGACUGCAUGGCCAACUCCAGCGCACCCAGCAGCAUCUCAUGGCCUCAUCUGACCUGGGAUCAGUGGAUCGUAAAGUCCUGGACGACCUCUAUGAGGACAUCCACUGGCUCAUUCUGGUCUCAGGUUAUCUACUAGCAGAUGAUCCUCAGGGUGAAACCCCGCUGAUCCCCUCAGAGGUGAUGGAGUUCUCCAUCAAACACUCAACAGAAGUGGAUAUAAAUACAACACUGCAGAUCCUCGGGUCACCGGGGGAAAAGGCCUCCUCCAUACCGGGCUGCAACCGCACAGACUCCGUCAUCAGGUUGCUGUCGGCAGUUUUAAGGACGUCAGAAGUAGAAUCCAGGGCGACCAGAGCAAGCUUGACGGAGCUGCUGAGUCCACAGAUGGGAAAAGACAUUGUGUGGUUCCUCCGGCGAUGGGCCAAGACGUACCUGCUGGUGGAUGAAAAGCUCUAUGAGCAGAUCAGUAUCCCCCUCAGCACGGCUUUUGGUGCAGAUACAGAAGGUGCCCAGUGGAUUGUGGGAUAUCUUCUGGAGAAAGUGAUUAACAACCUGUCAGUGUGGAGCUCGGAGACGGAGCUAGCCAACGACACUGUGGAGCUGCUGGUGACACUGGUAGAGAAGAGGGAGAGGGCGAACAUCGUGGUGCAGUGCGAGAGCUGGUGGAGCCUGGCAAAGCAGUUUGCAAGCCGCAGCCCGCCGCUCCACCUGCUGUCCAGCUCCGUGCAGAGAUCUCUGAUGAAAGCUCUGGUUCUGGGAGGCUUCGCACACAUGGACUCAGACACCAAACAGCAGUACUGGGCAGAGGUGCUUCACCCUCUCCAGCAGCGUUUUCUCAACCUCAUCAACCAGGAAAACUUCGCUCAGAUCAGCCAGGAGGAGGCUGUCAAACAGGAAAUCGUUGCCACGCUGGAGGCGCUAUGCGGCAUCGCAGAGGCAACGCAGAUGGACAACGUUGUCUCGCUCUUCUCUUUCCUCAUGGACUUCCUGUCCAGCUGCAUCGGCCUCAUGGAGGUUUACAGCAACACACCGGAGACAAUCAACCUGAUCAUUGAGGUUUUUGUGGAAGUGGCUCACAAGCAGAUCUGCUACUUGGGAGAGACCAAGUCCAUGAAGCUCUACGAGGCAUGUCUAACCCUGCUCCAGGUCUACUCUAAAAACAACCAGAGCCGAAAGCGAAGCGACGCCACCGCCGAGGAGGACCAGUACCAAGACCUGCUGCUCAUCAUGGAGCUACUCACAAACCUGCUGUCCAAAGAGUUCAUUGACUUUAGCGACACUGACGAGGUUUUUCGAAACCAAGACCAGGGAACACCGGCGUCCAAUCGCACGGUUUCAGCAGCAGAUGUUGUUCUCUACGGAGUCAAUAUUGUUCUUCCACUCAUGUCUCAGGACUUGCUCAAGUUCCCCUCUCUGUGUAACCAGUACUACAAGCUCAUCACCUUCAUCUGUGAGAUCUUUCCAGAAAAGAUCCCACAGCUGCCUGAAGACCUCUUCAAGAGCCUCAUGUUCUCGCUAGAGCUGGGAAUGACCUCGAUGACCUCAGAAAUAAGUCAGCUGUGUCUGGAGGCUCUGUCUCCUCUGGCUGAACAGUGCGCCAAAAACCAGGAGAAGGACUCUCCCCUCUUCAUAGCCACCCGGCACUUCCUCAAGUUGGUGUUUGACAUGCUGGUCCUGCAGAAACACAACACAGAGAUGACGGUGGCAGCAGGAGAAGCCCUCUACACACUCGUGUGCCUGCAUCAGGCGGAGUACUCAGAGCUAGUGGAGACUUUGCUCUCCUCUCAGAGAGAUGCCGUCAUCUACCAGCGGCUGGCUGACGCCUUCAACAAGCUGACGGCGAGCAGCACGCCGCCCACCAUGGACCGCAAGCAGAAGGUCGCCUUCCUCAAGAGCCUGGAGGAGUUUGUGGCCAACGUGGGUGGCCUGCUCUGCGUGAAAUAACCACUGGAACCAAACUCGACCUCGAAUCGCCCAUCGUUCUGAAAGGAAACCAAUCAAAGAUGACCUCUGCAUCGACCCUGGAACUAUGCGCGGAAGAGACGGCUUGAAGCCUCAGAGGAGCUCUCCGCCUGCUGGGAUCCAUCUCUCGCCUCAGUGUUUACCCCCAUUUUCACCUGGGAACUCUUAUUUGUUUGUGCCUCCCCCCAGCCCUCCCCAGUCCGUCACAUUGGUCUGUCCCUCUCCUCCUCAAGCAUGAUCUGCAGACUUGAUGGUGGUAGUGGUAACCAUGGAGACUGAACUGCUAAGCAGACAGACUCAGUUCCUGCCCCGUUAAGCUGAAGCAAAGGGCCACUGACCAUCAUAAUGAAAGUUGGAACAGCAGUUGGUGUUUUCCUCUUCUUUUCCUCCUCCACAGGAGUCUCUUGGAUUGCACACACACACACACACACAUUGAGGACAAAACGUUAUUUAACUUCUGGAUGUAAUUUGACUGUACCAGAGGGAUAAUUUUGUUAUCCUCUUUUCAGUAUUGUCAUAGCAUGGACAAACACACACUUACACACACACACACACACACACACUCUCACGGGUCACCCCAGUCCUUCCCAGAGUGCCUUUGUUUUGUUGAUUGUUCUGUGUGUUUGUGUAUGAUUGAAUCAUGUCAUACAUCAACUGAUAACAAUGACUGUGCCUGUUAUCGGCUAAGUACUAUGGAUGUACACAAACGUGCAUGCACAAGACAUUGCCAUGACGACAGGUGGAUGGCCAAUCCGGCUGUCUUUGAGGUUGUUAAACCCCACAGCAGAGGAUGGAGUUUUUUUUUAUGGUGACAACAGAAAAACCAAAACCAGAUUGUGCUUCAUUAAAGGGUGUCUGUAUGAAAAUUCAGAAUAUAUAUAUGAAUUUAUGAUGUUUUCAACCAGAAACCUUCAGAAAUGUACAUUUAAAGAUUAAAGAAGACGACUGAAAUGUUUUUAUAUGCCUGUGGGGUGAAUGAGUUAAAAAUUAUACGAAUUCAGCUAAACAAGGAGCAACUUUCGCCGAAUUGACCUUCGCAGUUUGUUAUGGAUUUUUCCUUUUUUGGGUUUUAUUUCUUGUUUCACGCCCCCUCCCCCCCAGGGUUCAGACAGACGAAGGCCUGAGAUGAUCAGGCCUCUGAGGUUUAGAAGGUUAAUCUCAGUAGUAUUUUUCUACAGCAGCACAUCCACCGUGAGACUCUUCACCACACACUGGAUUGCAGCAGAGACUGUUUGAAGUGAAGGACAGCAAUAACAAACCAAAUAAAAAGGAGCAGAGCCACUCACAGAAGCAUUACAUUGGAGACAGAAUCCUCCUGGUUCAGAGCACUAUCCCAAUUAUUGUAGAUGGCUGUUUUGUUAAAUGAAGUGUAAAAGUGUACAUAAAGUUAUUGUAUAAAA